AUGGUGAGGGCCUUGUGGCUCAGUGGCCGCGCGGCCGCCACAGCGAGGUGGUGCACCUGCCGGCGCGCCACCGUCGCCCUCUGCGUGGCCAACCUCGUCGCCGCGCUGCUCGUGACCCGCGCGCUCUACGCUCCCGGCUCCUUCGCAUUUGCACCCAAACGCGGGGAGCUGAAGUAUUCCAGGGAGCACAUGAGGUGGGUGGAUGAGUCGAUCCGGAUUCGCCGCGCAGCUGAGCCCGUCGAGCUCAUUGAAGCGGUAAUAGCUGUCCUACAGAAAGCUGCGAAGGCAUUCGCGAGGGAAGAGAAGACACGAAAAGGGCUGCCGCUGGAGCUGAAGCAGAAAGUUUCACUGGAGAUUCUACAGAGACUGCACGAUUUGGGGGAAGGUUCUAAUACCACGGAACAACAAGAAGCUAUAGAAGCAUGGCGUGUUGGGAAGCUCAAGGACAUGAGAAGUACAUCUUCUAAGAAUUUAUCAAAUUUUGGCCUCUUUAGUGAAGAUUCAAGGAUGUUAAAGCGAGCCUUGGAGUUUAACUGGCAAAUGCUAUUGGAGGACAUUGGUCUUUGGAUACCUCCCACUAUAUGGUAAAAUCAUAUGGAUUGGAUCUGAGAUUUAAGUUCGACUUGUACUCACUUGCAGGCAAGGAAAGUGCAAGUGUGUAUACUUCUUGGUAUCUCAACGAUGUGGACUACUAUGGCGGGUUCGAGCAAGAUGAGCUGGAUGAGCUGUUUGAGGCGAUGCAAUCAAACUACAAGGUCUGGUGCUUAGGUUUUGCACCCCUGUGUGUUGGAGGAGAUAUGGAAUCAGUGGCAGUUCAGGAGUUUAGCAGGACACUCUUCAAUAUACGUCCGGACAUUGCACUUAAUGUUGCCCAGACGAUCUUCCAGAGCGAUGUGCGCAGCCUCCUCCCGCACGUUAGUGUCCCAUGCCACAUUGUUCAGAGCACCAAGGAUCUCGUGGUGCCAGUUGUGGUGUCUGAGUACCUGCACAGGCACCUUGGUGGCGACUCCAUCGUGGAGGUGAUGCCGUCUGAAGGCCAUCUUCCCCAGCUUAGCUCUCCAGACAUCGUAACCCCUGUCUUACUCCAGCACAUCUAGCAUGACAUCGCAGUCUAGGUUGGCCAGCCGUUCCAAAAAGACAAUGUGGAAAUUGUAGCAUAUAUAUGACCAUGUAAUCUAUUGUUCGUCUAAUGUAGGAUACCGUGUUGGAUGCUCUGACAUCUUAAGUCCUUGAGAAGCUCUUCAUGUCAUUUGUGUUUUUUCCA